UUAGCCUUCAGAUGAGAUCAUUUGUGCAUCCUAUUCACAAGUCUUCAUUAUAGCUGCAUUUGAUAUCAUUUUUCAACUUCAUCUCUGUUGUGAUGUGGUGAUGAUGUGGGUCGAGAUUGGACUUUGGUUCGGGCUUGUGUCCUACGCCACAGCCUUUUGCCCUACAAGCUGCCUCUGCGACGACGAUACGUUAGUGGUGUCUUGUUUAGAAGCCAGCUUAGAUGUCGUGCCCAUCACUCUGAACCCCUCUAUCCAGAGGCUUGUCCUCAAAUACAAUAAAGUGAAGACAGUCGACGCUGCUUUUCAGUUUUAUGGUGAACUGCAAUAUGUAGACUUAUCCCACAACCACCUCGUGAGCAUCCCAUCACGUAGUUUCGACUCGCAGAAAAAACUUAUCGAGCUACAUCUAAAAUACAACAAAAUCUCUGCAAUAACUAACAGGACCUUUGAAGGCCUUAAAAAACUCACCGUUCUCAAUCUGAGAGGAAACUUCCUGGAAGAUUUGCCAGAUAAACUCUUUUACUCUUUGCCACAACUCGAGGAACUGGAUCUCGGGGAGAAUCGUAUAAACCGAAUCGACUCGACAGCUUUUCUAGGAUUGACGUCCCUCAGAGUACUAUUGCUAGACGACAAUCAAUUGAAGAUCGUGCCAACAACUUGUUUUCCAACUCUCGGAAGCCUUGCAGAACUCCAUGUUGGAUUGAAUGUCUUCAAUCAACUACCGGACGAUUCUUUCAAAGGACUUAACAGGCUCACGAUUCUCAAUUUGAGUGGAGCGGGCUUGGAGAACAUUAGUGAUAAUGCUUUUCGAGGAUUGACCACUCUACGAACUCUCUCACUGACCGGCAGUAGAUUGACUAACGUUCCUACCAAAGCUUUAAGUAUUCUAGAACGGCUUGAGGAACUGGCUCUGGGUCAGAAUAUGUUUACUACAAUUGGACUCGACGCCUUUAAUGGCUUGCUGAAUUUAAAGAACCUUGACAUAACCGGCGCUCCGAAACUAGAAAAAAUAGAGAAAGGCUUUCUUAGAGAAAACUUGAACCUCGACACCCUAAUACUGAGCAUAAACAAGAAACUGACUUAUCUUGAAGAUGGAGCUCUUGGAGGAUUACCCAACCUGAAGCAUCUGAUCCUUCGUGAAAAUGGCUUUACUACAUUUUCUGAAACCCUCGUUUCUUGGCCAGAACUCCGUACCCUAGACGUUUCCGAGAACCCUAUUCAUUGCAGCUGUAAAUUGGCCUGGCUGAAGGAGCUGUUGGUGAGAAGAAAUGUGAGCCAGGUGCUUUGUGCCUCCCCUCCUCCUCUGAAAGACAAGCCCCUGAAGCUGCUCAGCUCAGACGAAUUGGGCUGUUCGAUGCAGGGGCCCUGGCAGCACGCCCUUGUGGGAGGACUGUGCGGUGCCGUCGUCGCGUUCAGCUCCCUCCUGGGAAUAUUGAUAUAUCGCUAUCGCCGGCGCGUGAGAGACGUCUUCAAAGACUACAAGUUCAACAAGCAGCGCGCGAUGGCCAGCAAAGAGCACGAGUACAGGAAGACCCUCUCAGAAGACGACGUGAACAGCUACUACCAGCAGACCCUGCGGACGGCAAUCCCGGUGACGGAGCUGUAGCUAGAGCUGCUCGCCUCGCCGCCGGUCUAUUACAUCGGCAAGGGAGCGAGGCGGCCCCUCCACAGCCCGGCCACGGCCCCCGUCAGCGGCUUCUCCUACAUCUCCGGGGACCAGCUCUACAUGGCCUCCUGCAGCACCUUCCGCCCCGUUCGCCCGCAGCACCACACCCGCCCCCGCCCCGUCACCCCCUAAUUCUUGUAUAUAGUUCAAUAGGGGCGGUUUUAUUGAAUAUGUUUUGCUGAGAGACAUUGAAUGGUUGGUGCUCAAAGGCAAAUGUAUAAUUGGUCUCAUACGUUGCCUUUGAAGGUAUGUUUUGUCUUUUGAAUGAUCGAGAAAUAUACAAUCGUAUAUGAAUUAGUCUUGUCGAUUUUACACAUAAAAGUUUUCACUUAUCUUGUUAUAGCAUUAUAUAACUUGCACUUCUAAAUGCAUUAUACAUUUCAUAUUGUAAAAUUAUAGAUAUGAAAUGUAGAGAUAUUUUUUCGGCAACGGAUUUCAAAUCUAUUAAUCUUUCUCUCACAAUGAUACAUAAAACAUAUUUCUUAGUAGUUUUUGAGGUAUGCUGAAAGCACUGUAAAAUUAAUAAUACUGUGAGAUGAAUAUGAAUACAGUUCGAAGUAAUGAUGCCUUUUUAUGAAAAUCUUUCUUAGCAUAAACUUUCCUCGUCCCGCUGUGUUAUUGAUGACAGCUGCACAGAACUGGCAAUGUAAAAUAUCUAUUUUUAGACUUCCAAUCCUAAUUGUAUAAUUUAGACUAUUCUGAUGUCAAAAGGUGUCAACUGUCAGUACCAAUGGCUACAUAAAGACGAGGUUUGGGAAAGAGUCAUUAUAAGUCACAUGAAUUUAUUUACUUAGAGUGAAAUAUGAUAACUAUUUGAAAAUAUAUCACCAAUAUGUGGUCUUAAAGACCUAAUUGUAUAUUUAUGUACAUAAAUUAGUACAUAGAGACUUGUAAUUUAUAACUAAUUUAUAUUUUUAUUAAAAUCUGAAUAACUUGAAAAUUUCUUUAACUUUUAUAUUUUCGUGUUUGUACCGAUUCUAAAGAAACUACAUAUAGAUAGAUAUAUUACCUUCAAUUUCUAGAGUUUAUAUCUGAUGAAAAUUGCAUUCCUUUGUAAAUUUGAAAUUGUAUAAUAUUAUUUAUAGGUUUGUAAAUAAAUUUGUAUUAUCGGAGUGUAUUCGUAUGCAAUGAAUAUAGGCAUAAGUUUAUUUCACUUUUUCUGAUGUAUAUCUCUUUUUCUAAUUUGUAAAUACGUAAUAUAAGAAACUUUAUGAUGCUCUCAUACUUGUGAUCUUACUUUAAACAGAUAUGACAACCAUAUAAGUCUGGGGAUUGUAAAAAAGACGGCUAAGAGUCUGAACUUAGGGAUUGUAUUAUUGUACAGUAUUAUAUUUGGUGUCACUCUGGAAACUAAUACAAACCAGCUUUGUAAUUGAUUUGAAUACUAAUAGCAUUUUAUCAUAGAGUAGGCCUACUUAUUAUAUCUACUGUACUCAUACUUAUAACAUUUCAUGUCAAUAUACUAGUCACUUUAAGAGCAUGUAGAUUAAGGUUACUAUAUAAAUAAUAUCAAUGAAUAAACGUAACUUUGUUUUUAUUUUUUCAGGUACUGUGCAUAUCUUUAUAUCCCAUUUUUAGAAAUAAUAAGAUUAUAAUCUAAAAAGUCUGACGACUAUUCAGGAAUUUUAUUUUGUUUUCAAACAUUUCAUUAAAAUACCUACCUAUAUCUAAAUAGAUAUGUAAUGUUAUUCAUUCUAAUGAAUAAAACCAUAUGUUCUUAUUAA